CAGAAAUUAAUUUGUAUUUAUGCACGCAUUCACUCGUACAUACAAGAGAAUUAAAGAGAAAGUAUAACAAAUGUCGUGUAUUUAUUGUAUAAAUUUUCUAAAACGCAGAAAUUAUAGAAUUUUAUAUAAUAAUAGUGUAAAUGAAACGUCGACAACUAUACGAACUUUGGUUGGGUUAUCCAACAAUAGAAGGGGUUUGAGAAAAUUGCAAACAAUCUUGAAUACUAUACAAAGCCUGUGGUCGUCGUUAUCGUUGCCAUUCAUACCUCGACCUACGUCACCACUUACCAUUGAACAAAGGUUAUUAAGUGAUUUUUGCAGUCAAAGAUUAGAAGACGUAAUGGAGACGUCUAAUGGAGUUUUUAAAGGAAUCUUGGAUCGCUUUAACGGUAUUACAGUGGAAUCAGAGCAUGAAUACAACGCAGCGGAUGAUUUUCCAGAGAAAUUGAAGAGAUCUUUAGAUUAUUGGCAGAGGAAACGAAACCGUGCGAUAUGGUUUAAAGUAAAUGAAAAACAUUCGAAUUGGAUUCCUGCUCUUACUGAGAACGGCUUCCAGUUUCAUCAUGCACGAGAUGGUUAUCUAACCUUGGUGUGUUGGUUGCCCGAAAAUGAAUAUAAAAAUUUGCCUCCUUGUGCUCAUACUAUGCUGGGUGUGGGUGGCUUAGUGGUCAAUAAAGAAUGUAAAGAAAUUCUUGUGGUAUCCGAUCGUUAUGCUCUAAUUCCAAAUAGUUGGAAAUUGCCCGGCGGUUUUAUCGAGCCCAAAGAGAAUUUGGUUGAAUCGGGGAUACGUGAAGUCCACGAAGAAACCGGCAUUGAAACCGAAUACGAGACUAUGGUUUCCAUACGUCACUCUCAUGGUGGCCUUUUCGAUACGUCAGAUUUAUACUUUGUGAUGGCUUUGAAACCGAAGAAUUUUAACAUCAAACGUGAUGAACGAGAAAUUUCUAAAGCUAAAUGGAUGCCAUUCGAAGAGUAUCUCAAUCAUCCGCAUGUUCAUGAAACAAAUCGUAAUUUUCUAAAAAUUUACCUUGAUUAUCAGAAAUGUGGACUUUGUUUUGUAUUACAAAAGGCAAAGCACCAGAUUUUAAAAAAAGAGUAUUGUUUAUAUUUUAUGAAAUCUAUAUUGGAGGAGUCGGGCCAAGGAGAAGUGGUAAAAGAAGACUCAAAAAAUUGUGAUAAAUAAUAAAGCACAAGUUUUGUACCUAUUUUUUACAAUAAGUUUUUAAAAUCAGUUGAUAAUAGAAAUUUGUGAUGCACAAAUAAAAAGGCAGAAGAAAAAAUAAAUAUGUGAUUUAAUUU